GUGACACAGCACCCUGUGAACGGACACGCCCACGCCAGCCCUCAAUCAUAUCUAUAAACCUAAACGACCUGACGGAAGAUGUAGUCAGUAAGAAAUAACGGAAGAAGAGCAGAGUUAAGCCGCACGAUCAGUUAAUAUGGACGUUGACGCAGCUUACCCCCAGUCUCGAAGAGGCGUCCUGAAGAUCGCAGAAAUGGCUGUUAUCUUUGUAUCACUUAUUUGCUUUUCUUCCGUUCCUGACACUCCUUAUAUUACUGCAACCUGCUUGGAACUGCUGAUAAGUCUCCUGAUUUUUCUCUUGUAUCUGACAAAAUUAAACAAGAAGAUAACAAUUUUAUUCUGGCCUCUGAUUGACAUUUUAAACUCAACCUUUGCAGCAGUGUAUAUGUGCAUUUUGUGUUUAAUUGCUGUUAGCACAUAUACUGCACAUGGGACUUUGGCAGGAGGGAUUACUGGUUUAAUUGCUUCUGGAAUCUUGGCUACUGAUGGCUACCUACUCUUCACAAAAAUUACUUUUAAUCAAUGUAGACGUCCUGAGAUUUCAGCCACAAAUAAACCUGAAACAAGUUGAGAAAAUAACUUAAGUAACUUAUUUGUAUCAUAUUGCUGGAUUGUUUAACAAUUGUGUAUUAUAUAUGUUUAUUUUAUUAUUAAUUAUGACACCUUGUUUUUCUAUUUUCAGUAUUUCAAUAUAUAAAUUUGUCAGUUUUAUGCUGAUAUUUAUGCCAGUAUAUUCAGACGAUUUAACAGAGCAUUUUACUGUAAAAUAUUUUAUAAUCAGUAAUGUAUUAAUACUGUAUUAGAUAUUGUGUUUAUUUUCUAAAAAUAUUUUUUUAAAUGAGUUAAUUCAGUAAUGUAUUAGUGCAGAUGUGAUUAAACUUACAGAACAUAUUGAUAUGUUUUCAAGAUUUUGUUAAAAUAACAAUUAUUGCUGUCUGUAGGCUUAGUGAUUUGCUAGCUUUUUCAGCUACAAAGGAACAGAAGCUGCUAGAAUUUUUUGGCUUAUUUAAAAGGCAUGCUACCAAAUGUCAUUUAAACUUGUAUGAGAUCUGAAACUGCUUUCAUGGGGAAAAUGUAAAACACAGAUGUGAUGGUAAGCUUCCUUUUGCAUUUUUCUUGUGACUAUUUAACUUUGCUGCCAUCUUCUGUUAAUCACAUAUUUUUUCAUAUUGGUAUUUCCUUUAAGACCAGAAAUAGAUACAGAGCGUCAUAACAUGAAAUAAACCUUGUCAGGCUAUUUUGUACAUAUUCCAUACUUUGUGUAUUUUUUAGACAAAUCCAACAGUUUUACAGUAAUUAAGCUGGUGUUAAGUUUAGCAAUUACAUGGAGUAUUUACACUGUAAUUUCAUACUUUUAUGACUGCAUUGGAUAAAAUACUCACCUAACAACCAAUAAAUAUACCUGUGCUUUUAACUAAACUUAAAUAUUCAGUUCAUGCAGUCUUUGCAACAUUGCAAAUAAUUUCUGUAAUGAAAGAAUAAUAGUUAUGCCUAACGUAGUUGCAUACAAAGUUGCCCUCACACCUCCUAGGUGUUUAACAUUGCAGCAGGAUAAUCCCAGGCCACACACAGAUGCUAUUGUGACAGCUAUCCUGAGGAAUGAACGUGUGCCUGUGCUGCCUUGUUGUGCCUUCUUUCCGGACUUUAACCCAACACUGAACAUUAAUGUAACAUCUGCAGAUGUGACCUUCUGCCUGUCAAUGUCCGUCUUCAUGCAGGAAAAGGAUAACAUUCUACAAUUGCAGAUUCAGAGACGUAUUGACUGUAUGCACCAGAGGUGUAAAGUAGUGGUGACUGCACACAAAAUACAGAGAGACUGCUAGACAACUGGUGUAAAUAGUCAGAGUUAUUUUCAUGAAUUAGUUACAGUUUGGUAAUUUGUUUUACAUUUUCCAUCAGUGUGUGUGUGUGUAUAUAUAAAUGUGUGUAUAUGGUAUAUGUCAGUUUGUUUUUGGUAAUUAUUAGAAAGUAAAACAAAUGAAGGAAUGACACGAGAUAUAAGUUAAACUGCACAAAUGCAAUGCUAAUGUAAGUACUUAUAUACUAUUAUGUGCUAUCAUUUUCAACUGAUGUGCUGUACAAAAGUGAAUCCCACAGUAUUCCUAUUUAAAGGGGUUUUAUGUAUAAUUGUAUCUUAUUUAAAUGUUUUGCAUGUAUGAAAUACGA